GGCUACCGCGAAAACGGAAGUUCAAAGACAAUAUUCUAAAGAUGGCGGCGCGCAUGUUUCUCUGGAAAAUAAGGUCUAUACUUACAAAAUGUAAAAAUGUGUGAAAUGUGUCAAGAAUUCUGUAGUUUUGAAAGUUUAAUAAAAAAGCAUACCCGAGGAAAAAAUGAAGAAAAACACCGUAGAACUACAUCAGCUACAUUCAACGCGUGACGUCACAAUGCACGCGCUACAGUCUGUGCAGCAACUGUUCGAAGUCAGUCAACAUCUGUUAUUCGUUCCUGCAGGUUCAGCGGAAUAUCGCUCUGAACAAACAGCGAGACCGACAGAGUUAAUGACAUUGUAUUACCCGUGUUGUGACAGUGCUUCAACUCAGCUAAAUAUGAAGCACGAAAUGGCAGUACAAAUGAAGACCAAAGUUGUGCUGCUGGCAUGUGGGUCCUUCAACCCCAUCACAAACAUGCACAUGCGUAUGUUCGAGCUGGCUCGAGAUUAUCUUCAAGACACGGGAAGAUACAUAGUGGUGAAAGGAAUAAUCUCUCCAGUUGGAGAUGGUUAUAAAAAGAAAGGUCUGAUUGAAAACUGUCAUCGGCUGGAGAUGGCUAGACUGGCUUCAGAGAGCUCUGAGUGGAUCUCUGUGGAUGAUUGGGAGAGUCAGCAGCCGGUGUGGGUGGAGACAGCCAAAGUACUACGGCACCAUCAUGCAGGACUCAUUUCCAGCGGUGACAGCUACAAUAAUGACUUGGACACAGUGAGGUGUGGGAAGAGGAGAAAGAUGGAGCAAAACAGAAACAUCUGUCAGAUUGAUUUUUCUUUUAACACGAAAGGAGACACACCUCAACUGAAGCUGUUGUGUGGUGCUGAUGUGCUGGAGUCAUUUGCUGUCCCCAACCUUUGGAAGCCCGAGGACAUUGAGGAGAUAUUGGGGCGGUACGGUGUGGUGUGCAUCACAAGAUGUGGCAGUGACGCUGAGAAGUUUAUCAGUGAGUCUAAUGUGCUGUCCAGACACCGUGAGAACAUCCACGUGGUUCAAGAAUGGGUGACCAAUGACAUCUCAGCCACCCAUGUGCGCUGUGCGAUACGCAAAGGACAUAGUGUACGCUACCUGCUCCCCGACCCUGUGGUGCGUUAUAUUCAAGAUCACAGUCUGUAUAAGGAGAGCGAGCAGAAGAAUGCUGAUGACAUCCUUGCCCCUCUUCAGAGAUACACCAGCACCAACUAUAGAUACGAAACAACAGACACCGUGAGAGAGGUAUGUCUGGAGAUGUACAUCAACAGUGACUUCUAUUGCGGUGACAGUUGCUGGGUACCAGCUGAGGAAGAUGUGCAGCUGGAGGCUGAUGACAACAAUGUCAUCUCAGAAGUGGUUCAGCUGGUGUCUGAAGAUCUGACCGACCCAGCAAGGCCUUCAACACAAAUGGCAGGGAGCAGCAGUGGGAUCGACCAGGGUGGCAUGGAUGCUUCUCCUGUAACCCCUGAGGAGAACAGGCCAACAGGUUAAUGUCAACAAAGCAUUUGAGAUGCAACAUUACAAUUAGAUGCAAAAAGAAAAAUCUUACAAGUCAGACUAAUUAUUCAUGUUUGACCUGUGGUUGGUUUCUAAUAGCAAAUCAU